AGACCUUUGAAACUUUGUAGCAAAUUUUCUUUUUUUCAAACUCUCUGUAAUCUUCCUUUCUAUAAAACGGGGUCGAAUCCCAAUCCCUCAACGUAUACCUUUCACAUCUUUUAUUUUCUUCGUCCCCAAAAAAAUCUCUCUCCCCGGCGGCUAUUUCCAUUCCCAUUUUCCAGUUUUCUUUCGAGUUCUCAGCAAUGGCGGACGGGGAAGUGAAGCUUUUGGAUUUCUGGCCCAGCAUGUUCGGGAUGCGGGUUAGAAUAGCGCUGGCCGAGAAGGGCGUCGCCUACGAGUACGUGGACGAAGAUUUGGCCAAUAAGAGCCCUCUGCUUCUGCAGAUGAACCCCAUUCACAAGAAGAUCCCUGUUCUCGUCCAUAAUGGAAAACCCAUCUGCGAAUCCUCYAUUAUUGUCGAGUAUAUUGAUGAAGUGUGGAACCAUAAGGCGCCUAUUUUGCCCUCCGAUCCUUACGAGAGGGCUCAGGCCAGAUUCUGGGUGGAUUACAUCGACAAGAAGCUCUAUGAGCCUACGAGGAAGAUAUGGGGCUCCAAGGGAGAGGAGCAAGAAGCAGGGAAGAAGGAGUUCAUAGGAAUUUUGAAGCAAAUGGAGGAAGUUCUCGGGGAGAAAGCCUACUUUGGAGGUGAGCGUUUGGGAUUUGUGGACAUUUCUCUGAUUGGAUUCUGCACAUGGUUUGAUGUCUAUGAAUCCUUUGGGAACUUCAGCAUUGAGGCUGAGUGUCCCAAGCUAAUGGGUUGGGUUAAGAGAUGCCUGCAAAAUGAGAGUGUUUCAAAGACCCUGCCUGAUCCCAAGAAGGUCCAUGACUUUGUGCUCCAAUUGAAGAAAAAAUUAGGCCUCUAAAAAGACAAACUGCUGCACCUUUUUUCUCUUCUGUUCCUUAGUCUGGAAGUGGAAGGAUUUGUGAUCUGAUCAUAAUCCAUGUACUUUAUUUUCUAGUGUUAAGUGUUUUUGUAGCUUGGGGUUGUGUUAUUUUCUGUUUGGAUGCUGAGAAAAAGGUUCGGUUUGCACACUUUGAUGUGUGUGUUGAAUAUUAUCAAUGUACUGAGAAAUUGAAUAAAUGGCCAUGGUGUUGGUUUCUAGACAAAA